AUGCCUAUUUGCAUCGAGUGCUCCUACCCGGUCUCACACCUAUACAGUGCUUACAGUCGCGCUGACGAUCGCUCCCAAGGGAAAGGGGUGCGAUUGACUCAGUGUCCGCGUUGUCAGCGCUUCGCGGACAAAUACAUCGAAUAUGACUUUGUGGUCAUCUUUAUCGAUCUGGUUUUGAUUAAACCACAAGUAUACCGGCAUCUUCUUUUCAACCGCCUAGGACGCGACGACAACCGAUUCGAUCGGUCAAUCAUUCGUCUAGGUGUUCUCCUUUUGCUAUUUGACGUCUAUCUUACUUGGGCCCGCCUCGAGAAAGACCCAUCGUUAGAAACAGCCUUCAUAUCGCGCGCCCCAAUCGUGGUUCAGUACCUCUUCUUCCUUACCCUCAACACCACGGCCACCCUUGCACACCACCUUACCGUACGCCUGCUCUCCACGAUUCUUGUUCCCAAAUCGCACCGGUAUGGAGCCCCAGGGUCUACAACUACAAACACAACCCCGCAGCCUAGUGGCAAUGGAAAUGGCAAUAGCGACGCAAGCGCAAACCCCAUGCCGUCCGCGACUCCAACCCCAGCAAUCAAAACGCCAUCACCCACGCCCCCUAACCAGCAGCCGACGGAAUUGACCACCGCUCAAGCAAAGCUCUCUCCCAAUCCAGCCGCAUCAACCCAACCCACCUCCCCCGAGCCUCUACCCAAUGCCUCGGGUGCCCUCGCUACCACUCCUACAGUCCCAAACCCGCAACGACCACCGCCUCCUCUGCGUCGCGCGUCCACCGCGCCUAUACACAUCCAACCCCUCCCCCCACCGACAGCUGCGAGCCCAACCGCCAUAAGCACAGCGCUGCUCGUCAGCAGCUGCGCCAAGCUCUUCCCCAUCCUUCUGGUGAUAUGGGGCACCGACAGCAGCGGCAACCAACCCGCACAAGAAAGCGGAACUACGCACCGCGGCGGCAGCGUGCUCCGGACGCAACUGGAUGGCGUCGAACCUACCCCCGUGCUCUCCGCCAAAGCGGCGCUGUCGUCUGAUCGCGGCAGCAAUGCGCGAUACUCGUCUUCGUCGCUGGUGGAGUCGUGGGUUGCAGGCGCAGAGGCCCUGCUGUGCCCUUACAUUCCGAUGAGCUACAUGUCAUGGCUGUUCGAGCUCCUAGCGGCGUCGUUGUCGCUUGGGGUCGUUGAUACGCACCUUGUUCUGCUGAGCAAUACCGAAGCUCUGUAUAUUCUGCUUGGGUGCGGGUAUAUGCGGGCUGUUGCGGUUGCGGUGGCGGGACAGGUAGCGCGUUGGGUGGUGCAGAAGGUUAUCUUGGGUGCUGUCGGGGUAGGGUAG